GACAACCUCCAUGGCUGAAACGCAGACGACGCGAACGCAGGUGGUCGUUAUAGGCGCCGGCAUUUCGGGAAUCGUCGCAGCGAAAUGUCUGCAAGAUGCUGGUUUUAAAGUGAUUGUGUUGGAAAAGACGGACGAAGUCGGAGGACUGUGGACUUUCAGAGAACAAGGAUAUGGAGUGAUGAGAUUCACGCAUAUAAAUGUAUCAAAACAGAACUAUGCCUUCUCGGACUUCCCGUUCCCAGAUGAUGUUGUUGACUUCCCACACAACAAAGAAAUGGCGCAGUAUGUUGCUGACUACACUAUGCACUUUGGGGUUAACAAGCUGAUACGUUUCCAGACCCAGGUAGAUUGUUUAGAGAAAAAAGGAGAAGACUGGCACAUUCACACAUCCAAGGUGGAAGAAGAUGGCAAGGGUGGCUACACUUCAGGAGAAAAACACACCUAUGUUUGUAAAUAUGUUGCCAUAGCAACUGGUCAUCAUGCAAAACCCAGUUGGCCAGACCCUAAAUUCCCUGGUCAGGAGAGCUUUAAGGGUGAAAUUAUUCACAGUGUUAGUUACAAUGAUGCCAUCACAAAUAAUCUAGUGGGAAAACGUGUGCUGGUUGUUGGCAUUGGAAAUAGUGCAAUAGAUGUCGCCACUGAUGCAGUGACUGAAGGAAGAUGUCCCAGAGUGUGGCUGAGUACCAGGUCUGGAGCCUGGGUGGUACCUAAUUACCUUUUUGGACACCCCGUGGACCACUACGCCUGCCGUGCCUUCCUCUGGUUGCCUUGGAAACUGGGCACAUUCAUCUUAGAAACUGUGAUAAAGUUGCUGCAUGGGAACCCUAGCAUGUAUGGUUUGAAUCCCAAGAUGCAUGCCUUACAGACCCAACCUAGCGUGAGUCCUGUCCUCUACCACCACAUACAGAGAGGACAGAUCAAAAUUGUGCCAAAUAUUCAGAAAAUUGAAGGCAAAACUGUCCACUUUACUGAUGGUCAGUCUGCGAAGUUUGACCAGAUCGUCCUCUGCACUGGGUACAGGAUCGACCUCCCGUAUCUGGCAGACAAUGUCCGCUCCAAGGUGCUAGAUGAGGGGACGAACCACAUCAAGCUGUACAAGAAUGUGUUUUCUCCUGAAGUGGGCCACACGCUUGCCUUCAUAGGCUUCGUCCAGCCAGCGUCAGGGGGAGUCUUGACCAUGUCAGAGAUACAGUCCAGGUGGUUUGCUGAGCUGUGCAAGGGUAAAGUCAAACUGCCCAGCAAGCAAGCAAUGGAAAAGAGUAUUGAGAAAGACAAGCGUCAGCAUGCAGAUCGUUACUUUGCGUCAGCCAGACAUACAAUACAGAAGGACCCCAUUCUGUAUAACGAUGACAUCGCUGCAAAGUUUGGAGCCAAACCUCAACUUUGGAGACACCCUAUGUUAGCUUGGAGGCUUCUGCUGAGCAGUUGUGGCGCCUCCCAGUGGCGUCUUCAGGGACCAAACAAAUGGGACAAGGCAGCCGAGGAAAUUAGGAAGGUGCCCAUCACAGGACUCAUUCAGAACAUGGCAGUUUUGUUGCUGGCCCUUUUUGCUUCACUUCUACUGUUACUGUUCAUUUUUAUGUUUUAA